AUCCAUGAUCCAUAUUGAGAUUUCGGGGUGGGAAAGAAGAAAUAGGAAAUGGCUCUCCUCCUCAACGUCUCCCUCUCUUCCAAACUCCCCACAUUCCCCAUUCCCAAACCACAUCUCUCUUUCCCCAAACCCCACCUCGACUCUUCUCUCUUCCACAACACCAACUCUGCUACGCCCCAGGGAAAUGGAAUCAACUUUGAUCAUCUUCACUUGUCCGUUACUAGGGGAAGCUUUGUUGCUCUUCUCUCGGCUUCUCUCUUCUUUGUCGAUCCCGCGCUCGCUUUCAAGGGAGGGGGUCCGUACGGCGCGGAAGUGACCAGAGGCCAGGAUCUCACCGGCAAGGAUUUCAGCGGGAAGAGUUUGAUCAAGCAAGACUUCAAAACGUCCAUACUCAGACAAGCCAAUUUUAAAGGUGCCAAUUUACUCGGCGCUAGUUUCUUUGAUGCUGAUUUAACAGGGGCUGAUCUUUCUGAUGCUGAUCUUAGAGGUGCAGAUUUUUCUUUGGCAAAUGUGACAAAGGCAAAUUUGAGCAAUGCUAAUCUGGAAGGUGCACUGGCUACAGGAAACACAUCUUUUCGUGGAUCAAUUAUAACAGGCGCAGACUUCACUGAUGUGCCUCUGAGAGAGGAUCAACGGGAAUACCUUUGUAAAGUUGCUGAUGGGGUGAAUCCAACAACAGGAAAUGCAACACGAGAAACACUGCUGUGCAAUUAGUAUUUAUAUUUCUCAAACACGUCACAGUAUUAUAACAGAGGGAAACCGGAUUGCUGCCAUGUACCAGUUGCAGUUUUCAUUUGAGAUGAGAUUGGUACCUGGUUUAUUGUGGUCACUGUACAUUAGGUAAUUAACGUCAUUUUCUUCUUCCAUUAAUUUAAAUCAAAUACCAUUCUGCUGCAGUGUAACACACCCCUUCUCUUUCAUUUUUGGCUGGGCCUUUAUGUUCAAUGUUUCUGAUACAACUGUAGCUGGAUCUAAUUACGUUUGCGAGGAUGCUUCACAGGUUCGAAGACUGUUCCUUGAUUCCUCAUUGUGCCAUAGCUCCCACGUCUUUGGUCAAUGGUUGAGAUCUUGGAAGCAUUUUGGGUCAAUAUCCUUUCCCUGGAAUAGUUUAGCUAGCGUGUAAAACUGGUGCUUCUUUGUUUUGCCUUUUUAUCUCUUGUUGAGUAACUUUUGGCUUAGAAGAGGAAUGCCCUGAAAUUUGAAUGGCAUUAGUCAUUGACUUUGAA